GAGCCGCACACUCGUAUUAGUAUUCACUCAGUUACCUGUUGUAUUGCAUCUUCAAGCCUACACAUCCUCAUCAUGAUGCAAUUCUUCGUUCUCCUCUCCGCACUCUACCUUCUCGUCGCCCCCGCUCUCGCCGUCAGAGUCAGCUACGACAAUACCUAUGAUAACCCUGACAACUCUCUCUCCAUCGUCGCCUGCUCUAACGGCGAGAACGGCCUUCUUACCAAGGGCUUUACCGACUUCGCUUCACUGCCGACUUUCCCUAACAUCGGUGGUGCCCAAGCAGUCGCUGGCUGGAACUCACCGAACUGUGGGACUUGCUGGGAGUUGUCGUACAAGGGCAAGAAAAUCAAUGUCUUGGCUAUUGAUCAUGCCGGAGAUGGCUUCAAUAUUGCCCAGACGGCGUUGGAUGAGUUGACGAACGGGCUGGCUGUGGAAGUGGGAGUCAUUCAGGCUGAUGCUAGGCAGGUCUCGAGACGUCGUUGUGGCUUGUAAGCCACUUGAUACACAAACCAAUUCAUAAUAACCAUCGGACACUCACGGACACUCAUACGGACACUGUAUUGUAACACUGUUGAAAGAACUGGCAGAUGCUGUUUUAUCAGAUAUGUACAGUUAUGGAAGCAAUCAUACUUUUGCGAUCUUCUCG